AUGGAAAGACGCAAGAUCAUUGAGAAGAGGUUGGUCCGGAAGCUGGAUAUGCGGUUGAUGCCCACUGACAUCGAUCGGAACAACGUCUCUACUGCCCGGCUGAGUGGUCUACAAACAGAUCUCAAUAUGAGUGACCUCCAAUAUGAAAGCCGCAUCGCCAUCCUGUAUUCCAGCUACAUCACCUUCCAGGUCCCCUCUAAUCUCCUACUCAAUUUCAUCUCCCGUCCCUCGCUCUACAUCCCAGGGAUGGUCAUUCUCUGGGGGCUGAUCUCUCUCCUCACCGGGGUGACAAACAACUUCACCGGAGCAGCACUCUGCCGUGUUGCCAUCGGCGUGCCCGAAGCCGCCUUUUACCCGGGGACGAUCUACCUCCUCUCGCGGUGGUAUACGAAAACGGAGCUCUCCUACCGCUCCGCAUGGCUCUACGCAGGGCUGAUCGUCUCCAACGCGUUUGGUUCGUUGCUCGCUGCUGGGAUUCUCGGGAAUAUGGAAGGCAAGCUCGGCGUGCGAGGUUGGCGCUGGCUCUUCUAUAUCGAGGGGGCGGUGACGAUGGCCAUUGGGCUGAUAGCGAUACUUACUCUGCCUGACUACCCUAGGAACACCCGCUGGCUGAGCGAGGAAGAGAGGGCAGUCGCCCAGCAGCGGCUGGCUGAGGAUGCAGGCGAAGCGGACCAGGACGCGGAGGGCGAUACGGCCUGGCGCGGAUUGAUUAUGGCUUGCACAGACCUGAAAGUGCCGGUGUUCAUGUGGAUGACAUUCGUCCAACUGCUCGGUCUCUCCUUCGUGAACUUCUUCCCUACGCUCACGCAAACCCUCGGGUUCUCCACGACCAUCACCCUCCUGCUCUGCGCACCUCCAUGGGCAUACGCAUUCCUCGUAUGUGUCAUCAACGCACGGCAUGCGGACGCCACGGGCGAGCGGUUCUGGCACGUCACCUGGCCCUGGAUGGGCGUUAUGGUGGGAUACAUAAUCGGCAUGUCCACGAAAGUCGUAGCAGCGCGAUACAUCGCCCUAUUCCUCAUGGCAGCAGGCUAUGCCGGGUUCGCACUCACCCUCGUCUGGGUAUCGAACAGCGUUCCCCGUCCGCCCGUAAAGCGCGCAGCGGCAAUAGGGCUGGUGAACGGGUUUGGAAACUUGGGAAAUUUGGUGGGGAGUUAUGUUUGGGGGACGCAGUGGGCGCCGGUGUAUAGGCAGAGUAUGGGGAUCGGAUUGGCGGGCUUGGGGGUGGCGGUAGGGUUGAUCCGCUUGCUGCUGGUGCGCGCGAACCGGAAACUCGACAAGCUGGAAGGGGUUUCCCCUUCUGGAGGAGGGUCGAGCGAAGGGUCGCCAUCGGAAUCGGGGGCGGAGGAGGGGGCGGGGAGGAGGAAGGGAUUUAGGUACCUUAUUUGA